UCUUCCGUGCUAAAAACUGACAGCCGACGUCCAUCUCGGUUGAAAAUUUGGCAAAAUUUUGUCAGAAAUCAAAUUUCGUGAAAAAAGUUGUUGCUAGGGCCCCGUCGAAGCCGAUUGCUGUGUAUUCUGAUUUCACGCUAUCCACGAGAAAACGUAAGCCGUCGUGUACGUUUGCCCCCCGGAAGGAAGGAUGGCUUUCUCGGUGCUUAGCUCAGUGGCCAAAAAGGCAUCAUCCUCUGUUUAUGUAACCAAUUGUUUGUUGAAGAAUGUUGGGGCUUUAUAUAAUUCCCAACAAGUACGGAAUGCCGGAAAGUGGUUUCCGGAUGCGGAGUUUAUCAACCAGUUCAAUUCUGCAGUAAUGUACCCCGAUGAGGUUACGUCCAAGUGGAAGAUCCCUCCAUGGAACAGCAAGAUUGCCCCGGUGGAGAAAUCGGUUCGGAAUGUGAAGAUAAACUUCGGUCCGCAACAUCCGGCGGCUCACGGUGUACUGCGUCUAGUGCUGGAACUGGAUGGAGAGACGGUGAUGAGAGCUGAUCCGCACAUUGGUCUCCUUCACCGUGGCACGGAAAAGCUGAUCGAGUACAAGACGUACACCCAGGCCUUGCCUUACUUUGAUCGGUUGGAUUAUGUGUCUAUGAUGUGUAACGAGCAAUGCUAUUCCCUGGCUGUAGAAAAGCUGCUGAACAUCGAUAUCCCUCUGCGAGCCAAGUACAUUAGGGUUUUGUUUGGAGAGAUUACCAGAAUUCUGAAUCACAUUAUGGCUGUUGGAACACACGCUCUGGACGUGGGAGCCAUGACUCCGUUCUUCUGGCUGUUUGAGGAACGUGAAAAGAUGAUGGAAUUCUAUGAGCGCGUUUCCGGAGCUCGUAUGCACGCAGCUUACAUUCGACCUGGUGGGGUUUCGCAGGAUCUUCCGCUAGGUUUAUUGGACGAUAUUUAUGAAUUUGCUUCUAAGUUUGCUGAACGUUUGGAUGAAGUCGAAGACGUCCUCACCACUAAUCGUAUUUGGGUUCAACGGACGCAAGACAUUGGAGUUGUUUCUGCUGAAGAUGCUUUGAACUAUGGUUUCAGUGGCGUCAUGCUCCGUGGAUCUGGCAUAAAGUGGGAUCUUCGUAAGUCUCAGCCAUACGAUGCCUAUGAUCUGGUUGAUUUCGAUGUCCCAAUCGGAACCAAGGGUGACUGUUAUGACCGUUACUUGUGCCGUGUGGAGGAAAUGCGUCAAUCGCUGCGCAUCAUUGAUCAAUGUUUGAAUAAGAUGCCUGCAGGUGACAUCAAGACCGACGAUGCCAAAUUGACGCCGCCAUCGCGGUCUGAAAUGAAAACCUCGAUGGAGGCUUUGAUCCAUCACUUCAAGCUGUUUACACAGGGCUACCAGGUUCCACCCGGUUCGACGUACACCGCAAUAGAGGCACCGAAGGGCGAGUUUGGUGUUUACUUGGUAUCAGAUGGUUCUAGUCGCCCUUACCGGUGCAAGAUCAAGGCGCCAGGCUUUGCUCACUUGGCCGCCCUUGACAAGGUCGGCAAGCACCACAUGCUGGCUGACAUAGUGGCCAUCAUCGGAACAUUGGAUGUCGUGUUUGGUGAAAUCGAUCGCUAAGGAAAAACAGCGCAUUACGAAAACGAACAUGAUGCUGAAGGAUUACUUAUAGAUCAUGUAAACGACAUACAUAUACGAAAAUGUUUCAAUAAAUGGAUUCAUAAAUAGUUA